AACCAGGUAGAAACGAAAGUAAAAGAGGAGGAAGAAGAGACGCCAUUUCAAGGCUUUAAACCUGUUAACUACUGUAUGGCUGUUUAAACAGACGCACAUUUUGUGAUGAGAGUAGGAGAACACUAAAAUGAGUCUCCAUAAUGAGAGAGAAAAUGAGGACUCUGCCUCUAAAAUGAGUUCUUCAUCUCCUGGAUCAAGCUGUGAGUCUACGAAGAGUGACCAAUCCAUGACAACAGAUCCCAGCAUCAGCAGGAGGAAUAGACAGAGAUCAGGGUCUCCAGAACCUAGCGGUGUGUCUGUGAGGAGUAAUAUAUCAAGGGAUCUUCCCCCUGUAUUCAGAGAUGGACCAGUGACCUCUGAUCAAUUUUUCAGCAAGCGAGAAAUACAUGAGCCGAUCAGAUCUGUGCCAUCCUUUACAUCCCACUAUCAGACUCACAUCAGGCAGGACAAAACUGAAGCAGUCCUGGAGAAACACACACUGGAGACUGGAGACCCGCAAAGAGUCAAAGACCAGCACAAAACCAGCAUGAAGAACAAAUAUGAAAGAUUAUUUGAGGGAAACAAACUCCAAGAGAAUGAAACCUUCCUGAACCGGAUCUACACACAGCUCUACAUCAUAGAGGGAGAGAGAGAAGGAGUGAAUGAAGAACAUGAGGUUUUACAGAUGGAGAAAACAGCCAGAACACAACACUCACAAGACACUCCAGUUGACUGCAAUGACAUCUUUAAAGCCUCACCUGAACUAGGAUGUGAGGAGAAAGACCAAAUCAAGACUGUUCUCACUAAAGGCAUCGCUGGAAUCGGAAAGACCGUCUCUGUGCAGAAGUUCAUUCUGGACUGGGCUGAGGGAAAAGCCAAUCAGGAUGUAGAUUUCAUGUUUGUGCUUCCAUUUCGAGAGCUGAACUUGAUCCGAGAUCAUCAGUACAGUCUUCAUAGACUUCUCCUGGACUUUCAUCCUGAACUUCAGGAUCUGGACUCAAAGAUUUAUGAGGAGUGUAAAGUUGUAUUCAUCUUUGAUGGUCUGGAUGAAAGCAGAAUCACACUGAUGUUUUCAGAUGCUCAGAAAGUUUCUGAUGUGACUGAGACUUCAUCAGUGGGUGUGUUGAUGUCAAACCUCAUGAAAGGAGAGCUGCUUCCCUCUGCUCUCAUCUGGAUCACCUCCAGACCAGCAGCAGCCAAUCAGAUCCCCUCCGAAUACAUCAACCGUCUGACAGAUAUUCAGGGAUUCAGUGAGCCUCAGAAGGAGGAAUAUUUCAGGAAGAGAAUCAGUGACGAGCAUCAAGCCAGCAGAAUCAUCUCACAUAUCAGAAGAGCUAAAAGCCUCCACAUCAUGUGCCACAUACCCGUCUUCUGCUGGAUCUCAUCCACUGUGCUUCAAAAGCUUCUAAAAGAAGAUCUGAGUGUAGAAAUCCCCCAAACUCUGACUGAAAUGUACAUCCACUUCCUGCUGAUUCAGAUAAACAUGAGGAAUCAGAAGUAUGAAGAGAGAGAUCCAGAGAAACUCCUGCAGUCCAACAGAGAAGUGAUUGUGAAACUUGCUGAAGUGGCUUUCAAACAGCUGAUGAAGGGCAAUGUGAUGUUCUAUGAGGAGGACCUGAGAGAGAGUGGCAUAGACGUCACUGACGCCUCAGUGUAUUCUGGGAUUUGCACUGAGAUCUUUAAGGAGGAAUCUGUGAUUCAUCAGAGGAAAAUCUACAGCUUCAUUCAUCUAAGCAUCCAGGAGUUUCUCGCUGCUUUCUAUGUGUUUUACUUUCAUGUAACUUCAAUUAUGGAGGGACUGAGGAAUUUUGCUUCAAUACAAAUUUUGCUUAAAGGUGCAGUAGAUGAAGCCCUCAAGAGUAAAAAUGGACACCUGGAUCUGUUCCUGCGGUUCCUGCUGGGAGUCUCACUGGAGUCCAAUCAGACACUCUUACAGGAUCUACUGACACACACAGAGAACAGCUCAGAGAGCAUCAGAGAAACCACACAGUACAUUAAAGAAAAGAUCAAAGAUGGACGUGGACUCUCCACUGAAAGAUCCAUCAAUCUGUUCCUCUGUCUGCUGGAAGUCAAAGAUCAGACUCUGUCCAGAGAGAUUAAAGAGUUUGUGAAAUCAGACAAACACUCAGAGAAGAAACUCUCUCCUGCUCACUGCUCGACAAUUGCCUACAUGCUUCAGAUUUCAGAGGAAGUGCUGGAUGAGCUGGAUCUCAAGAAAUACAACACAUCAGAUGAGGGGAGAAGAAGACUGAUACAAGCUGUGAUCAACUGCACAAAAGCCCUUUUUGCUGGCUGUAAUCCUUCAGAUCAGCAUUUUGAAAUUGUUGCAUCAGCUCUUCAAACCCCUAACGGUUUCCUUAGAGAGCUGGACCUGAGUAACAAUGACCUGCAGGAUUCAGGAGUAAAACUGCUCUCUGAUGGACUGAAGAGUCUAAACUGUCAGCUGGAGGUACUGAGGUUGUCAGGCUGUAUGGUGACAGAGGAAGGCUGUGGUUAUCUGUCUUCAGCUCUGAGUUCAAACCCCUCACACCUGAGAGAGCUGGAUCUGAGCUACAAUCACCCAGGACAAUCAGGAGUCCAGCUGCUCAACGACAGACUGAAUGAUCCAAACUGCUCACUGCAGCUACUCAAUGUGGAUAAUGGAGAACAUUUAAGAAUCACACCAGGACUGAGAAAAUAUGCCGGUAAUCUCACACUGGAUCCAAACACCAUAAACACUCAACUCAUUUUGUCUGAUGAGAAGAGGAAGAUUAUACAUGUGACAGAGCCGCAGUCAUAUCCUGAUCAUCCAGAGAGAUUUGAUAGCUGUGAGCAGGUUUUGUGUGAAGAGAGUCUGACUGGACGCUGUUACUGGGAGGCUGAAUGGAGCGGGAAGGGUGCUGAAAUAGUAGUGUCAUAUAAAGGCAUCAGGAGGAAAGGAGUGAGUGAUUGCUGGUUUGGAUACAAUGACAAAUCCUGGAGUCUAUACUGUUGUGCUAAUGAAUUCACUAUCUGGCACAAUAAUGUGAGCAAUAAUAUAGCCUUCCCUUUAUCCUCUAAUAGAGUAGGAGUGUAUCUUGACUGGUUGUCCGGCACUCUGUCCUUCUACAGCGUCUCUGACACACACACACUCACACACUUACACACAUUCAACACCACAUUCACUGAACCCCUCUAUGCUGGAUUUGCAGUUUAUCCUGAAUCUUCAGCAUCUCUGUGUCAGAUUAAACAACAUAAUGUGAAAAACAACUGAGACGUCACAAACAAGCUGUCACUUUUCCAAGCAGUCACAUUUUUUCCCCUCUAAUUUUUAAAUUAAACAACCAAUGCAGUGGUUUUCAAUCCUGGUCCUGGAGACCCACCAGUCUGCACAUUUUCUGUGUUUAACACACCUGUUUCAGAUGAUCAGCUUGUUAGGUGAUAGUUUCAUUAACUGAACUGAGUGUGUCAGUUAAGAGAGACAUACAAAAUGUGCGAGAGGUGGGUCUAGGAUCAGGAUUAAAAACCACUUAAUUUAAAAUUAGAAAUGAAAGUUAUGUUGCUUUAGCUUAUAGGUCAUCUACAUGCUAGUGUACAUCUAAAUGUUGACUAAAAAUAUCUGAGGAAAUCAUAUUCUUAGAUUUGUUUUGUUGCUACAUCGACAACUUAUGUUACUGUUUAUAUUUUUAUUUUCCCAUGUUUUGUAUUGGUUUUGUAAAAACAUUUAGUUAGGUAACCUAAAAAUGUGCUUUCUUGUGCUAACAUCUUUUAUUCAAGUGAAAAUAAAUGAUCAGUUACAGGUUUUAUUCCAGUGAAAAUAUUUUCCAAUUGAUGAAUAUUUCUGACUUCAUUAGGUAGCUGCAUUGAAAGUAACAGGUGAUAUUGUCUCUUUAAUUUAACAGCUGCACAAUUUAGCACUGGGUUAAUGGAUUCAUACGUUGAUUCUUGAUGUCUUGAUGUCAUAACUUUUAAGAAAUCAUUAGAAUUAUACUGAACAUGCUGGAUCUUCUGCUGUAGAAUCACAGUGCUGCUGUAAUCAAUAAGGUAAAUUUAACUCAGAGAUUGGGCUCUAAAUGCAACGUGAUCUCAUGACACGUACAUUUACUUUUUCGUACACACAAAAUUGUACAAUAUUGAUGUAUUUAUAGCACUAAAACCUAAAAUAUUUACGUAUUGACAGCAAUAAAAUGUAAUUUAUUUACGUAUCUAAGUGUGAAUGUGUAUGAAUUACAUUAAUUGUAUUAUUAUUAAAAUCAUGCCAUUGCUUUAA